AUGACGUUGAUUUACAAUGUCGUCGUGGAACCACCUUUCGGUGUCGAUAUGCACACCAAAGCCUUCGCCGUUCUCUGCACGGACGAACGAUAUUCGUAUGUGCCUCAACCAAUCACAUACAUCACCCGCGGUUCACUUAUCCUUGCCGACAUGAUCGUGAUCAUCCUAACAUGGAUUAAGACAUUUGGAGACUGGAAGCGGGCACGCAGAAACAAUGUCAAGGUGUCAUCGACGACAUGCUUGCUCCGUGACGGAACCUUAUAUUUCAUCGUUCUGCUAGCACUAAACAUAACCCAGCUACUAGUCUACAACUCCCCUACAGACUUGUCGUCUGUGGGCGUAUUAGUUUCGAACGUGCCCCUCGUGCUCAUCAAUCGUUUCAUGAUCAACUUACGUACGGCCGGCUCAGAAGUUCUAGACCACUCUAUGCGUAUUACAGACCAACAGCAAGAGCAAUCAACGGUGCAGUUCAGAAGAUCAACAAAUCGACUGGGAAAUAUUGGAGGGACGCUGCAGAACGGCUGGGACGACGACGAACCUGUAGAAGAGGAGAAUGAUACCGCAGAAUUGGACGGGACACAACUCUCGUGAGACCAACUUGAACGCCAGGCAUAACCCCGACACCGAAGGCUAUGCCAGAGUAUACACUGUACCAGAUAGAUAACAACUUUUGUAGCUCAUCAUAUGAGAGCAGAAAACUCAGAGCCCGUGGUAUUCAGUGAUUGCAAUCGCGGUGCAUCGUUGAGCUGCUUGGGGCAGCAUCCUCUACAUCAGCCUUGGCUUCCACCACUGAUCUCUCGGCGCAAGUGUUUGG